CAUCAUUGUACGUAUAUGAUGUGCAUGUAUCUUAAUAUUUCUCCCAAACCUAAUGUAUAUCCGAUCCAUUUGACCACUUAUAGUUAUUGGAAUCACAUUCAACCUCUUCGAUUAAUUCCUGCAAUGUUUAGAGCUCCAACCUUUUCCCACCUCCGAAAGUUCGGCUCUUUUAUUUCUCGCGAGGUCGAUGCCAGCGGUAAACAUGAACGACCUCCAUCUCUAGAAGACGCAAGUCUCCGCUCUUUAAACAGUCCGCCAGGACCGAUAACCCCGGCUACACAACCGUCAACCACAGAUAGUGACAUCCAAGAAAAAUCCAGCCCGCUGCCGCCUCACGCUGUGGUAACCGAAAGUAGCUGCCCCCUCAUUCCGGAGAAGCCGAUAACAAAAAGGCCAUCAGAUCCACAUGAGUUAUUGUUGCAGCGAAAGCAAAACGACAAAGGGGGACAAAGUGAGCACUCAUAUAACAAAACUUUAAAUCCAUACGAAAUUGAAACCCGUAUUGAACAACGAGUAAUUACUAGAGUUGAUGUCUAUAUUGAAGCAAUUCGUACCGAGAUAAGUAAGAUGGAAGAACAAAUACACCAAAUGCAAGAAACGCUUGGCGGUCGGCGCAAAAAUAAUAAAAUUGAAAGUGGAUCCAAGGGUAUAUUUAGACUUUUACGAUCUAAAAUAUGAAUAAGGCAAUAUUAUGCUUCCUUAGUUGUGUGUGUUAUCCGUAUAUGUGAGGCUCAAUAAGUAGACAGGAUGUUAUCUUGGUUUUUUUAUGUUUAUUGUAACACCCACAUUCUUAUAACAUUUAUAACUAUAUAAUUUUUUAUUUUUA